CCAUAGAGCUUAUUUAGGUUAUCGUUUUCUAGACUUAGCCGUGAACGGUUUAUAUAAAAAAGUACCUGUCUGUCGGUAGAGUGCGUGCAGAAGUUCUAGGAAGAUCGUUUUUUUGUUCUACUAGGAAGUUCUACGAAAAGUUGUGUUUUUGUGACAGUUAACGUUUUUAUUCUCCGUUUAACUUCUAAAAUAAAAAAAGAAUGAAGAAUUUAAUUUAUGCCAUCACGAUAAUUAUUGCUGUGAUAUUUUUGGCGGCUAAGGAUGUUGCAACACAACGCACUGCCCUCGACGAAGAACUCAUAGGAAUUUAUAGACGAUCAAAGGGCUAUAUUAUGAAUAUAUCUGUUCGUUCUGGUCAUAAGAAUGAAAAUAACGAUAACGAAGAAAAUAAAGUUGGGAAAGGACAAGUGUACUUAAGAAAUGAACAACCUUCUUACUUCUGUGAUCCAAAUGAUAAACCACCCAGAAGAAGUGACAACCCACCGACUUCCAUACAUCGUUUGCGACCUGGCGAUAUCGAUAUUAUAUGCGCCAUGGGAGAUUCUCUAACUGCUGGCAAUGGAAUAUUUGCAACAAAUCUUCUUCAGAUAUUUGUUGAGAAUCGAGGAGCGUCUUGGUCGAUUGGAGGUCAAGGAAACUGGACACAAUAUUUGACUAUUCCAAAUAUUCUUAAAGAAUUCAAUCCAAAUUUAUAUGGAUAUUCAUUGAGUGAUGGAUCGUCUACCAAUCGUUUGUCAAAAUUUAAUGUUGCUGAAUUAGGAGCAAUGUCAAGGGAUAUGCCAUACGAAGCAAAAAUAUUAGUUAAACGUUUAACAGCUGACAAAAUGGUCAAUUUGAAUAAACAUUGGAAACUAUUAACAAUUUUAAUUGGAAACAACGACUUCUGUUCGGACAUGUGUUUUUAUUCUAAUCCAAAAACAGUUCUUAAAUUACACGAACAAAAUAUGAUAAAGACAUUACGGUUCCUCAGAGAUAAUGUUCCAAGACUUAUGGUGAAUAUUGUGCCGGCACCAAAUUUGAGGUUACUCACGAGAAUGAUCAAUUUGCCAGAUAAAUGCCAAACAACUUUAAGAUUUGAAUGUCCAUGCUUGAUGGGCAAAGACUCGCAUACGUUAGAUUAUUACGAAUCCAUAAUAUUGAAAUGGGUUGAAUUGGAUUCGAGAGUUGCAAAUCGAGAAGAAUUCAAUACUGAGACUUUCACGGUUAACUUUCAACCAUUCACACAAUUCGGAGAUUUACCAACUAGAUUAAAUGGUGACACAGAUUACCGAAUUUUAUCGGUGGAUUGUUUCCAUUUGAGUCAAAGAGGACACGCUGCUGCUGCAAAUGCAUUGUGGAAUAAUAUGCUAGAGCCACACAAUUGUAAAACAAGUUUGUUAAUGGAUCCAUUUGAUAGAAUUGCAUGCCCCACAUUUGAAAGACCUUAUCUUGCAACAAGGAGUAACACUGAAUGGAGUACUUCGUCAGAAACAUAAAAAUGCAUACUUAAUUGUUUUUAUUUUUAUGUAAUUCUUUAAGACUAUUUUAAGAGCUGUGAUCAUGUAGAAUUUUAAAUUAUAUUUAAACUUAAAGGCUGGUGUUGUGAAAGUAUGGGUUAAAUUAUUUAUGUUUUAUAAAAAAGGGAUACUUUUUACUUCGUUAUUUAUUCUUUUAACUUCAAAUUUGUGUUAUAAAAUUAAAUAGAAAUUCAAGUU